AAGGCCAGGCUCAGAGACCAGGAUGGUGGACGGUCCUCUAUCAAAGAAAGUUGUGGAUGGAACUAAAACCCGGAAGGUAAAGACCAGCCACCUCCUGCGCAUUGAUGAACACGAUUUCACCAUGAGGCCCGCAUUCGCAGAUGCAUUUGUGCAACCCACCUCCUUCCCAUCUCCACCUCUCAUCACUCAAGCUCCACUCAAGCCACCUUCAUCUCCACCACCAGCAUCUAGGCUCUGGGGGGGGGGGGGGUCCCUCUCACAGCUGAGGUUCCGUUCUGCCGAGACGGGCCAUCGGAGUCUAAGCGCUAAAUACAUCUGUCUAACUUCUGUUCAUCAAUAAAUCAAUUCAUUCUUUAAUGAUAUGUCCUUAUUGAACUGAUUUUACCAAGUCUGCUUUAACCUCUUCCCUGCUCAUUUUCCUAUUUAGAGGCAAAAUCACCCACUACAACGCAGGCAACAGAAAAUAGAGCUAUGUUUUUAUUUUGCUCCACUUAACUGAUUCAAGCUGAGGACCUGUAUUAGAAUUAAAAUUAGACUGAAAUAAAGUUGAUAUUCUUAUAUACUAAUGUUAUUUUAUCAUGACAUUAAUAUAGCACAGGAUUCAGUUAGUUUUGCAUAAAAAUAGGUGGUAAAAAUGUUCUUCAAGGAGCUACUUUACUUUCUUACUCUGAGUACAUUUCAGAGCCGAUAGUUUUUCAUACUUGAGUAAAGAAGUUUAAUUAGUACUUCAAUUUUUACUGGAGUAUUUUUAACACUACUAUCUGCACUUCUACUUAAGUACAGAAUGUAUGUACUUUUGCCACUACUUCAGAUUUGUUUGUUUAUAUCUGAAGGUCCAGCUGUCCCUGUUGGGGUGGACGUUCAGGUGGAGAGUUUGGACAGCAUAUCAGAGGUAGACAUGGACUUCACCAUGACUCUGUACCUGAGGCACUACUGGAAAGAUGAAAGGCUGGCAUUCCCAAGCGCUACAAACAAAAGCAUGACCUUUGAUGGUCGCCUGGUGAAGAAAAUAUGGGUACCUGAUGUGUUCUUUGUCCAUUCCAAGAGGUCCUUCAUCCACGACACCACUACUGACAACAUCAUGUUAAGGGUCUUCCCAGAUGGUCAUGUUCUUUACAGCCUGAGAGUAACAGUUACUGCAGCUUGCAACAUGGAUUUUAGUCGUUUCCCUCUGGACUCACAGACAUGUACACUGGAGCUGGAGAGCUAUGCUUACACAGAUGAGGACCUGAUGCUUUAUUGGAAAAGUGGCGAUGAGUCCCUGAGCACAGAUGACAGGAUUUCUCUGUCUCAGUUCCUGAUUCAGAAGUUUCACACUACCUCCAGGCUGGCUUUCUACAGCAGCACAGGUUGGUACAACCGUCUGUACAUCAACUUCACGCUGCGGCGUCACAUCUUCUUUUUUCUACUGCAGACCUACUUCCCUGCUACUCUAAUGGUGAUGCUGUCCUGGGUGUCCUUCUGGAUUGACCGCAGGGCUGUCCCUGCCAGAGUCUCAUUAGGUAUAACUACGGUGCUCACCAUGUCCACCAUCAUUACUGGAGUGAAUGCUUCCAUGCCCAGGGUCUCCUACAUCAAAGCUGUGGACAUUUACCUCUGGGUCAGUUUUGUCUUCGUCUUCCUGUCUGUGCUAGAAUACGCUGCCGUAAACUACCUGACAACUUUGAGGGAUGGGAAAGACCGCAAACUCAGAGAAAAAGUUAAAGAACAGUCCCAGACACUCCCUUGCACAUGUGGCAUGCCCCAUACCAAGACCAUGAUGCUAGAUGGGACAUACAGUGAGGAAGAUGCCAACAGUCUGGCGGGAUACACAAGAGCCUCGAUGGUUGCCGAGGACAUAUCAGAUAAACAGGAACAGAUGGUAGUGCAUCUGUCUUUGGACAACGAGUCCACUGGCACCAAGAAGAAGGGCAUCCGUGGCUUCCGGAUCAUUCAGAACACCCACGCCAUUGACACAUACUCUCGUAUGAUUUUCCCAGGCGCAUAUAUCCUCUUCAACCUGAUCUACUGGUGUGUGUACUGUUGAGAAUUUUAGCUCAAAUUAUAGUAGUGAAAGAAAAUUACUGUGAAACCAUUCUGUUGGAUGUAAGCCCGAGGUUUACCUGUUCAAGUUUGCCAGGAUGACCUAUCAAAGACAUCUGGGUGUGAAUACUACAUCUACCCAUUUCAUUGUUGGACUGGACAUUGGAUAUAGCUUAUUUUUUAAUUUUUAUUAAUUAAUCCUUUAUUUAUCCAGGUAAAAAUCUCACUGAGAUUCAAAACUCAUUUCCAAGAGAGACCUGGCAUCAUGGCAGCAAAAGACCUUCUGUUCCUGCCUCAUAAGCUAAUAUGUACCCAAGUCACGCUGAGAGAAAACUCAUGGGGCUGGUUGCACAUUCACUCUAAUACAGCGGUCCUCAACCCCCGAACCACAGACCAGUUCCGUGAGCCGUUUGGUACCGGGCCGCAAGAGUUGAGGCUUGGGUGUGAAAUUUAUGGUUUUCAGGGAUUUUAUUGGUUUUUAUUGUUAUUUUUUAUCGUUAACUCGGUUUCCCUGGGUCUUUUCC